CCAGUUACGAGAGCGAGGAGGCGGGAGCUUCCCCCAGGCGAUCCACCGCCUGUAGACGAGUCGUGGCGGGACGCUAACGGGGUGGGUUCCUCGGAGUGGCCGGAGAGGUGACCGGCUGGCCCUCCGCGAAGCGAUGACCUGGGACAGAGGCCCCCUCUCGCCAGGAGCCUCUGGUCCUCGCUACGCCGGCCUGCAGCCCCCGCGGGCCCCGCCCCGUCGGUCUUCGACCCGCCCCCCCGUCUUUCAUUGGCUCCCCGCGGACACGUGGGGAAGGAGGCGCGGCCUCAGUGGUUUCGGCCCGCGCCCGGCGUUCGGUGGGGAUGAGAGGCCCGCGAACUCGGGCUUGGGGCCGCAUGGACACCCUGGUGCCGGGUCGGUGGCGACGGCGGAGGGCGGAGGAGCUUCAGGUUCCGGGGGACGCGGACCUGAGCCAGUGUCGUUGGCAGUGUCCCUGACCCGUGAGCGGGCUCGGGGUGUGCGCGCUGCUGCUCGCGAGUCACGGCCCCGCGUGCAGGCGCCGGACCGGGCGGGGUGGGGCUGCGGGAAACGGGCAUGCAGGAGAGUAGAAGCCGCCGGGCCGGAAUGGGGCUGCACCCCCGCGAAGCUCAGCGCCCUGAUGUCUUGGAGUGGCGGGGGGCUGCCACGUGUGGGGAUUCCUCAGAACGGUGGAAGGAGCUCAGCCCAGCCUUGCCUGAGAUGUAUUGCGGGGGAGUCUGAGAAUUUCUGCAUGUUAUGCUGCAUUCCAUGGUGUAAUCCUGAACAACGGUGAAGUCAAAGAUCUAGCAAUUGGAACUUACUAUACUUUAGGUUGAUUCCUGUAACAGCCACUUAUGCCCUAGAAUACAAAUACAUAAUGUUUACCCUGAGAAAUGUGGCCCCAUUAUGACUAAAUUGUGUUAGUGCUGGUGACUCACUGGUAACCUUCCUUGUUCUCAUCCCAUUUCCAUGGACUGUAUCUUUCAAAUCCCCCCAUCUGCUGGGCAAACACUUGGAACGUAAUAUGGAUUCUUAAUACUCCGAGACGUUGUGUUCUGUCAUGAAUGGCUUAAAGAAAAAAAUUUGGCUCAAGCAACUGAUUGGAUCAUUUUAGCUAAUAUUUUGUUUGAACAACAGUUUCUAUUUGAUUAGGAUUUUUCCUUCCUUUGUAACUCCCCAAGCUUGCCUCUGUUCUGUUUCAUAGGAAAUGAAUCUGUGAGCAGAGAACCUAUAUUGAUAUGUAAAUAUAUCAUUUUUUCCUUGGUGCUCAAUAUUCUUUUCAUCUAAAUUUCAGAAACCGACUUUAAAAAAUCAGUUUCCCUUUAUCUGUAGUUAUUCUCAAUAAAAUUUCACCCAAGCUUGGGUGAUUUAAUAUUUACACCCACUGUUACAAAAGUCUUAUGUAAAUAAAGAUUGAAAUGUGAAUU